CCCAGCGCGAUGGCUGGCGAGCUGAGCAUCGGCCCCGACUUGCCCACCAGCCCGCUAGCCAUGGAGUACGUCAACGACUUCGACCUGAUGAAGUUCGACGUGAAGAAGGAGCCGCUGGGCCGGGCGGACCGCUCUGGCCGGCCCUGCACGCGCCUCCCCCCGGCGGGCUCGGUCUCCUCCACGCCCAUCAGCACCCCCUGCAGCUCCGUGCCCUCCUCGCCCAGCUUCAGCCCCACCGAGCAGAAGACGCACCUGGAGGACCUCUACUGGAUGGCCAGCUCCUACCCGCAGAUGAACCCGGAGGCGCUCAACCUCACCCCCGAGGACGCCGUGGAGGCCCUCAUCGGCGCCCACCAGGUGCCCCAGCAGCUCCAGGGCUUCGAGAGCUUCCGCGCUGCCGCAGCCGCCCACCACCACCACCAUCAACAGCAGCAGCAGCCCCCGCCUCAGCACCACCAUCACCACCACCACCCCCACCACCAGUACCCCGGGGUCACCCACGAAGAGCUGGCCGCCAGCGGGCACCACCACCAUCACCACCCUCACCACCACCAGGCCUCCCCCAGCCCCUCCAACGUCCCCAGCCCCUCCCAGCAGCAACUCCAGAACCCGCACCAGCACCAGUCCUCCUCUUCCUCCUCUUCUUCCUCCUCCUCCUCCUCCUCCAGCAGCGUGGAGGACCGGUUCUCCGACGACCAGCUGGUCUCCAUGUCGGUGCGGGAGCUGAACCGGCACCUGCGGGGCUUCACCAAGGACGAGGUGAUCCGCCUCAAGCAGAAGAGGAGGACCUUGAAGAACCGCGGCUACGCCCAGUCUUGCCGGUACAAGCGGGUCCAGCAGAAGCACCACCUGGAGAACGAGAAGACCCAGCUCAUCCAGCAGGUGGAACAGCUCAAGCAGGAGGUCGGCCGCCUGGCCCGCGAGAGGGACGCCUACAAGCUCAAGUGCGAGAAGCUGGCCGGCAACGGCUUCCGGGAGGCCGGCUCCACCAGCGACACCCCCUCCUCGCCCGAGUUCUUCAUGUGAGUCCUUCCCAGCCCUGACAGCCUUCGCCCCACGCCUGCCCUUCGCUCCCACCCUCUGGCAUCGCCCUCCAGCUCUCUUCAGAAGAAGACCCUCCUGGAAAUGGGAGGCUUGCCCUGGCCCAGGACUGCGGGGGGAUCUUCUCCUCAACUGGACCCCUUGAAGGUCUGAGUGGGCACUUGGGGGAGGGUGAGAGAGAUGGGGCAGGCGAGAGGAAAAGGAGGGGUGGGAGGGAAGGAAGGAAACCAAGGACUGGUUGGCACAGAGAGAGAGAAAGAGAGAGGGACCCACCAAUGUUUUCUACCAAUCGAUUGCUUGCUUGUAGAACUUUUCACCUGGACUUUGCGAAACAAAGGGGGAUGGGCACUGGGCAAGCCAUCUAGAGUAUGAUCCGCUUUGGAGUUCUUUUUUGUUGUUGUUGUUCCAAUAUAGAAGAAAAGAGAAGGGGCAGAAAGAAGGAAACAGAGAGAGAGGACAAUCUGUUUUGCUUGCCUCCUGAAAGAGAGACAGAAUCCACACGGGACGUUUCCGUGCGAAAGGGGAAAGUGGGGUGGGUGUGUGGGGAAGCAGAACAAAAAAAGAAAAGCGUGAGAGGCUCCUCCUUGGUUUUAUUGCCUGCUUGAUUAUAUAGAAAAAAAUUACGAAAAAUCAGCAUUAAAAAUAUUAAUCCUGCAUGCUGGACAUGUAUGGUAACUUCUAUUUUGUACCAUUUUCUUGUUUAAACUUUUUCGCAUGUCGUUGCUCAUUGACCAUAGUUGCUUCUCCCCCCCCCCCCAACCCCCUCUCCCCCCAUUUUAUUAUUUUCCUGUUUGUUUGCUUGCUUGCUUACUUUCAUUGAGUAAGGAAAAAGGAAACUCAUCAGUUAUAGAUAAGGAAGCCCCUCUUCCCGUUCAUGCAACUGUUUGUUCCUAUGUCUUUUUUUCCUAAGUAAUAAUAAUUAUUUUUGUUGUUUGUUUGUUUGUUUAGAGUCGGGGGCCCGAUCCACCGGGCGCUCCUCGCGUGGGAAUAGUCAGCCGGUGGAUCGGGCCCUUGGGGAGCUUGUAAAUAUCGGCCAGGGCAAAACACACGAACAUUUCAGCAGGCUGGUUUUCGAUGGUUUUGGUCGCUGUUUAUUUUUUCUUUUUCUUUCUUCUCCUUUUUUUUAUUGAAUUUUAAACCACAAGGGAAGGAAAGCGAGAGAGGGAUUCUGGGCAUUUUGCAAUCAGAAAACAACUUUGUGGAUGGAGUCCACUCCCCCCCCCCCCCCCCCCCCAAAGUGACACUUUUGAUAUCUGUUGAAGCUAGUUUUCAUUUGGGGUUUUCUUGGGAUUUGGAAAGGACUGAGCCGAACCGCUCUGAACCUUUCCUCCCUCCUAAUAUUCAACACAAGUCAACUCAAUGAGUGGCUGAGAGAGCAAUUAGAGAAAAGUCUGGACUCUGGAUUUAACUUUGGAGGAAGGGGAAAGAAAGAAGUCCUUCUGAAAUAUAUGAGAAACCCAGGAAGAGUAUUCCUGGGUAGUCUCCAGUCUGCACUGGAGGAUUAAGGCAGUUUGACAGCACUUUAACUACCAUGGCUCAGUGCUAUGGAAUCCUAUGCUAUGGGAUAGAAAUAAAGUUUUUUUGUAGGGUUGUUGUGAUUUUUUCGGGCUGUAUGGCCAUGCUCCAGAAGCAUUCUCUCCUGACUUUUCGCCUGCAUCUAUGGCAAGCAUCCUCACAACCUCUGAGGAUGCCUGCCAUAGAUGCAGACGAAACGUCAGGAGAGAAUGCUUUUCAAGCAUGGCCAUGCAGCCCGAAAAACUCACAACAACUCAGUGAUUCCUGCCAUGAAAGCCUUCGACAAUGCAAAGUUUAUUAUUGUUAUUAUUAUUAUUAUCCUGGAAGUUAUAGUUUUACAAGGUCUUCAGCCAUCUCUCCCAAGCGUGGAGGUGCUCCUCACCAAACUACAAAUCCCAGGAUUCCACAACAUUGAGCCAAUCCAUGGCACGUCAAGUGGUGUCAAACUGCAUUCAUUCUACUCUGUAGAUGCACUUUUAGAGAGACAGCCCAUGCAUUUGAGGAUGGUCUUAACCAAACCCAUCACCCCUCUUCCCUGAUUUUAUCACCCACUCAGGAAAAGAUGAGGCUGGAGCCUAAGAUCCCCUCAUUUGUGACCUCUUCCCCUCGCGUAGCAACACUUGGCCGUUCCUUAGGCUUUCUUAAGCCUAAGACUUUCUUUCUUAAGCCCAAGAGAGGCUUCCUUCCAGCGGCUCUUCACCUGUUUGCGUUGAGAUUGGAGUCCAGUUGAUCAAGUGCAAAAGUCUGAAUGGAUUCCGAAUGCAAAGGGAAAACAACUUUGGCAAAACAAAACAAAAAGUUUGCUUUCCAGACACAGCCUUCGCUUUUUCAAAUGUAUUAUUUUGCCAUGUUUAACCUGCUUCUUCAUGCAGCCAGUGAGAGGGUUCAGCCAAAAUUUCCUAGCCACUGCUAAUAGUUAAUAGCUUGGAGUCUUUUUUAUGGGUGUUCUUUGAUGAUUAUUUUCCCUCGUUUUGUGUUUUGAUUUCCUGUUGUCCUUUCUUCUUCCCCCCCCCCCCCCCUCGCCUCCUCCUCCUCCUGCAGGUCAGUAAAAGGAUUUUACGUUGCACUGACAAAAGUACCAAAAUGAAAACCUUUUUAUUUUUUAGUUUCCUUUUAGGGAUUGCUGGCACUGCUGGCCGGAUGCAUUUUAAGUUUCUAUUAGUUUAUAAAUUAACAGUAAUACCAAGAAUCGUGAUAAAUGAAGAGCAUGGUGCUUGCUGUUUUAAAUAUUGUGGAUAUUAAUAGUCAUGCAUCAGGAGAAACAAAAAAAAAUACCCCUCUGAGCUUCUGGGUUUUUACGGAUUCAACUGUGUUGAAGUCGCAGCGUUGCAACAGCAGUAACUAUAACAAGAAAUAUUGUUUUUAUUUCAUGUACAAGUUCUGAAGGGAUCAAUUUCAAAUCCUGCUUAUGAUAUGAAAACUAUUAAAAAAAAACCUUCUUGGUCUUAUUGUAGUUUUA